GGUAAUACCAUAGAUUCGAUUUUUCUAUAUGAAACGUUGAUUUCGCGCCUACAAUAUAGCUAUUUAUCAACGUUCGUAACAAAAUCACGAAUGCGAUGGAUAAAAAAGCGUAUUAAUAAACUCGUUCUCAAAUAACAACUUAAAAAAAAAAAAAAAAUUAAGAAUCAAAUCCCUAAUUUCAAUCUCAUCCAUUCGUUUCAGAAAUGAGCAUCAUUAGAAGUGGAGUCCUUCCAGCUCACAGUGUGGUCACUCUUUCCAGAUUCCAACCCUUAAAUACUCACAUACAACUCAAACUGCAUGAAUCUGGACCUCCAAUGGCGAUUUCUCCUCUCUCUACACUCUCUCUCUUAAUCUCCAUAUCAAUCUCAAUCUCAAUCUUCUUCCUACCUUCGUCGGCGCUGCAGCAGCCGGAAUAUCGGAAAACCUUCAUCGUUCGCGUGCAGCACGACGCGAAACCCUCGAUUUUCCCCACGCAUAGCCACUGGUACGAAUCGUCGUUGAGAUCCAUCGCCUCGGCCGCCAAUGAUGCUGCCGACGUGGAGGCGUCGGCUUCUGGGAGGGUAAUCCACUCGUACGACACCGUUUUCCAUGGAUUCGCGGCGGAGCUGUCGGCCAGUGAAGUGGAGAAGCUGAAGAGUUUGCCUGGAGUGAUGGCGGUGCUGCCGGAACAAGUGAGGCACCUGCACACCACUCGAUCGCCGGAGUUUUUAGGUUUGAAGACGGGAGACAGCGCCGGAUUGCUGAAGGAGUCGGAUUUCGGGUCGGAUCUCGUCAUCGGAGUUAUCGAUACGGGGAUCUGGCCGGAAAGAGAGAGCUUCAACGAUCGGGAUUUAGGUCCUGCUCCGGCGAAAUGGAGGGGACAGUGCGUUGCCGGCGAGAAAUUUCCGGCGAGUUUGUGCAAUCGGAAAUUGAUCGGAGCUAGAUAUUUCUGCAGCGGAUAUGAGGCGAGCAACGGGAAAAUGAACGAAACGACGGAGUUUCGAUCUCCGAGAGAUUCCGACGGGCACGGCACACACACGGCUUCAAUCGCCGCCGGGAGGUACGUGUUUCCGGCAUCGACUCUCGGCUACGCCCGUGGCGUGGCUGCCGGGAUGGCGCCGAAGGCGCGCCUCGCUGCGUAUAAAGUCUGCUGGAACGCCGGCUGCUACGAUUCCGACAUCCUCGCCGCGUUCGACGCCGCCGUAGCCGACGGUGUCGACGUGAUCUCAUUAAGCGUUGGCGGGGUGGUGGUGCCGUACUAUCUCGACGCCAUAGCUAUCGGCGCUUUCAGCGCUUCCGAUGCCGGCGUCUUUGUAUCCGCCUCCGCCGGGAACGGUGGCCCCGGCGGAUUGACGGUCACUAACGUCGCGCCGUGGGUGGCAACCGUCGGCGCAGGGACAAUAGACCGCGAUUUCCCGGCGGUCGUCAAGCUCGGGAACGGAAAGGAGAUAUCCGGCGUUAGCGUCUAUGGCGGUCCGGCGCUGGCGCACGAUAAGCUCUACACGCUAAUUUACGCCGGGAGCGAAGGGAGCGAUGGAUACUCUUCCUCCCUCUGCUUGGAUGGCUCGUUAGAUCCUAAUGUGGUGAAAGGGAAAAUCGUGUUAUGCGACAGAGGGAUUAAUUCUAGGGCAGCAAAAGGGGAAGUGGUGAAGAAAGCCGGCGGCGUCGGGAUGAUUUUAGCUAACGGAGUUUUCGAUGGCGAGGGUUUGGUCGCGGACUGCCACGUGCUGCCUGCGACGGCGGUGGGUGCCGCCGCCGGCGAUGAAAUCAGGAAAUACAUCCAAUCAGCCGAGAAAUCCAAGUCUCCGGCGAAGGCCACAAUCAUAUUCCGCGGAACCCGGCUAAACGUAGCUCCGGCGCCGGUGGUGGCGGCGUUCUCGGCCCGGGGCCCGAAUCCGGAGACUCCAGAUAUUCUGAAGCCCGAUUUGAUCGCCCCGGGCCUCAACAUCCUAGCUGCCUGGCCUGACAACAUCGGGCCAAGCGGCAUUGCGUCGGACAAGCGGACCACCGAGUUCAACAUCCUCUCCGGGACGUCGAUGGCGUGCCCCCACGUCUCCGGGCUUGCCGCCUUGCUGAAGGCGGCGCACCCGGAGUGGAGCCCCGCCGCCAUCAAGUCCGCCUUGAUGACGACGGCGUACAGCCACGACAGCCGUGGGGAGACAAUGCUGGAUGAAUCCACCGGCAACACCUCCACCGUGAUGGACUACGGCGCUGGCCAUGUCCACCCGCAAAAGGCCAUGGAUCCCGGCCUCGUCUACGACAUCUCCUCCUACGACUACGUUGAUUUCCUCUGCAAUUCCAAUUACACAACCAAAAACAUUCAGGUGGUGACGAGGAAGGCGGCCGUGGACUGCGGCGGCGCAAAGCGCGCCGGCCACAUUGGGAACUUGAACUAUCCCACAUUGGCUGCGGUGUUCCAACAAUAUGGAAAGCAUAAGCUGUCCACACAUUUUAUUAGAACAGUCACCAAUGUGGGCGAUGCGGAUUCCGUCUACGCUGUGAGAAUCCGGCCUCCGGCGGGGGUCGUGGUGACGGUGGCGCCAGAGAAGCUAUCGUUCCGGAGGGUGGGGCAGAAGCUGAAUUUCUUGGUGCGGGUGCAGACGGAGGCGGUGAAGCUCUCUUCGGGGAGCUCCGUGGUGAGGAGCGGGGCGAUCUCGUGGUCGGACGGCAAGCGGGAGGUGACGAGCGCGGUGGUGGUGACGCUGCAGCAGCCCCUUUGAUCAAGAUACUUGAAUGGGAUAGUUUUGAAUGAAGAUGUGGGGCUUAAUGUAUGAUGAUGGUGGUGGUAAAGGAAGAGUGAAAUGGUGAAACAUCUUUUCUGGUUGAGAGAAAAAAGAUGGGAUUUGCAGUUCUUGAUGAUGAUGACGAUGCUAAGAAAUUUGUUAAAGCAUGUUUAAGAAUCAAGAAUGGUUUUGUAAAGAAAUGGGAAAGUUGGUGGAGGUGUACAAGAUUAUAUAUAAAAAAAAAGUGAUCAUGAUUCGUGAUCCUCUUUGUUUAAUGAA